AUGGAAGAGUAUUCCGUCAGUGCAGAUCCGCAGCUGACCAGGGUCCACUUGAAUAGGAAGCUGCCAAACGAAACGCUGUACCGUCUCCAACAGUACGUCAUACCCGACCUAUCCCCCAAGGAUUAUAAAGGAUGCGGAGGAAAAAUAUGCGUCGUCGGGGGCAGCGAAGUAUACAGCGGCGCCCCCUUCCUAUCAGCCAUGAGCGCCUUAAAACUCGGAGCUGAUUUAUCCUUCGUCAUAACAGCACAGGAAAAUGGGAUCCCCCUCAAGUGCUACAGCCCAGAGAUAAUUGUCUACCCGUACUUAUACAACCAAAAGUCAAAAAUAAACAAUUUCCCAGGGGAAGAAUUAAAAAACUGCACAGAUUAUUUGGCCAAUCGAAUUGAUUGUUGUGUUUUGGGACCAGGUCUUGGGUCCAUCGAUGAGGUGACCAAAGAGUGCCUCACCUAUAUAAUAAAAAAAAUGAUAAAAAAAAAUAUCUUCCUAAUACUCGACGCAGACAUUAUUGAAUUUGUUCUAACCACUAGGGAGAUAUUUUCUUUAAUACAAAAUUAUGCGCAUUGUUUAUUUACGCCAAAUAAGAAUGAGUUCAGGAAAAUGAUUUUUCUUCUCACGGAGGAUGGCAAAAAUUUAAACUUCGAAGAUUUGACCACGGAUAGAAUUGUCCAUGAGGGUCAUAAGUUGAUGCAACUGUUUGGUGGUCCCAAAAUACUGAUAAAGGGUUUUUACGACGUGUUUAUUUCCAGGGAUUUUUUUUUCGUUUCCUCUGUGCAGGACCCGUGUUUUAAGAGGCCAGCGGGGCUGGGCGACGUUCUGACCGGACUGCUGGCCGUUUUCCUCUCCUGGGCGGGGAAGAAGAAGGAUAAGAUUUCUCCAACCCUGAAGGAGGCCUUCCACGUGGACUCCACCGACGGACAGAACGAAUGUCUCGACGCGCUCUCCACUUUUUGCGGCAGCUUCUUCUUAAAAUAUUUGUGCAGAGAGGAAUUUAAAAAGUACCACAGAGGUCUCCUCGCUUCGGAUGUUAUAAAAGGAAUUCCCCUCUAUUUCCACUUCCUCUACGAUGGGGGGCGCGAUAAUCAGCCUCGCUUUCCUGGAUAA